CUCGAAACCCUAACCCUAGUAGUCUCACUGCAGCAUUUUGAUCAGCUAGCUAGGGCCAGCUAGUGCGCUCUGGGACCCUUCGCCAUUGGCGGCUUGGGAGGAGGUGGGAAUUCUUUGUAAGCACUGCGUUGGAAGCUGUACAAACGACCAUUGGUGCUGCAAACCCUCUUCUAGGGGAAUCCAAAUGAAGCAGCAAAAACGUCCUUGAGAAUCCUCUUCGGUGCUCCUUUAGAAGGACGCAUCCCUCACGUUAAUUGCCCCGAUUGAACUCAACAUUGUUCGCUUCGAGCCUGUUGUGAAACCUCUGGGCAUCAAAGGGAUGACUCGGAAUCAAAACUGCAUCUGCGGGACAUUGAAAUAAGCGCCCAGCUUUUGUUGCAGUCAAUGGCAGGCUGUAGCACAUGCACCACUAGCUAUAAUUCUUCUUUCAAUAUUUACCAGGCUCAUCCAAGAGGCCUCCGAGAGACGUCCCAGUCCUGCUCUUUUGCUGCUUCCUCAGCCUCAUCUCAGAGCCUUCCUGAAGCAAUCUGGAGAACCAAUCACCCCAGCUUUAUCAAUCAGAUUCGUCCAUCUCACCCGCACUUUUGCAGCCGGAGGCCGCACCCUUUGCAGGACCGUCGUUCAAGAAAAGCAACUGUGAUUCUUGCAAGGAGUGGUGCAACGAUGGAUCAAACUGAAGUAAAAGUACAUCCCGCUCAAUCAGCUGUCAACUCUACAUUGCUGGGGGUUAAAAGCGUCCUGACAGCAAGUCAGAAGGCGCAGUUCGACAGAGAUGGCUUCAUCAUAGUGAGGAACCUUCUUGACCAGGAAGAAACGGACAUCCUCGUACGCACCGCCAAGUCCGACCCGGCGUUCAAACAGCACGCGCACGGAGUCGCUGACCCCGACGGAAAGAAAGUGAAGAUGGCGCUCUGGAACCACCCCUCGGACGACGUCUACGGGACCAUCUCACGGCUUCCGAAAGUCGUCGAUACUCUGGAGCACUUACUGGGGGACGAGGUGUACCACUACCAUUCGAAGAUGGUGAUUAAGGAGCCGUUCACUGGGGGUUCGUUUUGCUGGCACCAGGACUACGGGUACUGGUACCUCAACGGGUGUCUCUUCCCGGACAUGGGCUCGGUUAUGGUUGCAGUGGACCCCAACACGAAGGAGAACGGCUGUUUGCAGGUGCUGAAAGGGUCCCACCUGUUGGGCCGAGUCGAACACGGGCGGUACGGCGAACAAACGGGUGCGGACCCGGAGCGGUGUGAACAGGCCCAAAAAGCGCUUGAGCUGGUUUACUGUGAAAUGGCCCCAGGGGACGCGCUCUUCUUCCAUUGCAACACGUUGCACCGCUCCCAGGCGAACACGUCACCCCACCCUCGAUGGUCGCUUUUGUGUUGUUACAAUACCAAGCACAAUAACCCGUAUAAGGAGUCGCAUCACCCGUUUUACGAACCGUUGGUUAAAGCCCAAGAGGAUGCAGUGCGGAGGUAUGGGGUGCGGCAGGCGGAGGUUGGAAAGCGGUUUUGGCAUCCCUCGGAGGAUAAGACCGUAGGGGCCGAUUAGGCUCUGUCUGACUCUGUCGAUGUUUUCGCAACAAGGUGAUAGAUGUAAAGUAGCGACUACAAGGUUGAGCAUUAGCUUCUGAUAGUGGUUGCUCGAAUCGCUGGACCAUGCAAGCUAACGCGUUGCAUGAGGAGAGCACUAAGUAGCGAAUUGGUCAAGUCCACAUACAUGUAUUUAAGAUUCCAUCGUACAGUAGCUAAAGACGGCGACCAGACUUCGAGGACUGGUCGGACCGUCAUGGCUGUAGCUCUUCUUUGACCGCAUUCUCCUAACCGACCUGUUUGAUCAUGUUGGACCUGAACUUUCACAGUAUAGUCAAGGUACAC